AUGGCGGACACUGCCUCGAAGCAUCGAGCUGAGUUUGCCUUUGCUCAGCUUGAGAGCGAGAGAGCUUUGGAAUCUCUUCGUGACGAGCUAAGGGUAGCUUGUGUGGAUAUUGACCGGUCUCGGGCUGAGAUAACUGCUCUUCAGACCCUUGUUGAUGCCCACCAUCGGGAGCACAAGGCCCUCUGUGAGAUGCUUGAGCGCAAGGGCGGUCUUCAUCGGAAGAAACAGCGUACUGAUGGUACGGCUUAA